AUGGUCGCCAUACCUACUCUCUCUCUCCUAUUGGUCCUGGCAGAGUGGGCAGGUCUGGUGGACGCCUCCCCCCACCUCCUGCUCCGGCCCAGCCCGCGGGAGCGUGAUGCGGGGGCCAUGAUGAACUUCAACAUCGCCGUGAUCCACGCCGGUGCCACGGUGCAGGCCGAGGCGGCGGUGGCGGGGCCCGGGGGAAGGGUGCUCUACCCCGGCUUCGGCCGGGUAUACGGCUCCCUGGGGGAGAGCGUGGUCACCCAGUGGGGCUCUGCUAACGUCAUCUGGCUACAGGUGAAUGACAGUAGUCCUAAGACGGUGCUGUCCCAGCUGUGUGAGCUGCUGGCGGCGCGGCCCCUGCAGGGUCUGGUUUAUGAAGAGGAGAGGCCCCCUCGCACGGCCUGGGGUCCUUUGGCCCCAAUGCUGGAGUUUGUCUCUGCGCAAACAGGACUGCCCAUAGUGGCUGUAGGAGGGGGAGCGGGGCUGGGGAGGAUGCCACAGGAAUCAGGUUCCAUCUUUCUCCAGUUCAGCUCCUCUACUGCCCUCCAGUUAGAGGUCAUCUUUGAGGUGCUGGAGGAGUACGAUUGGACAUCCUUUUCCGUGGUGUGCACGCGUCACCACGGCUACCAGGACUUCCUGUCCGUGGUGGAGGGCCUGACCGACGGCUCCUUCAUCGGCUGGGAGAAGAAGAGCGUCGUGAUCCUGAACGUGACCGACGACCCCGGGGGACGCACGCGCAGGCUGCUGAAGGAGAACGAGGCGCAGGUACGUUUGCUGUACUGCUCCCAGGAGGAGGCCGAGCUGGUCUUCAAAGCCGCCUGGGCCGCCGGUCAGGCCGGAGCCUCGCACAUGUGGUUCGCCGUGGGACCGGCUCUCUCAGGUCUGAGCAUGGACAGCCUGCCUCGGGCUCUGUUUGCCGUGCGGCCCCAGGGCUGGAGGGACGAACCUCGCAGGAGGAUUGCUCGGGGAGUGUCUGUGCUGACUCACGGGGCGGUGGCCAUGCGCAAGGAUUACGGGACCACGGGUGGGCCCAACUUUGUCACCAACUGCAUGACGGACGCCAAUCAGACCCAGAGACUGCGGGGCAGGAUGAGGUAUUUCGGCAACAUCACACUUGGUGGUCGAGAUUAUUCUUUCAAUGGUGACGGUUACCUGUCCAACCCCUUCCUCGACGUGAUUUCCUGGACACCUGGACGUGGAUGGGAAGAUGUAGGCUGGUGGGAGAACGGCGUGCUGAGGCUUCGGUACCCAGCCUGGUCCCGCUAUGGGCCGUUCCUUAAACCACCUGAUGAUGCCCAGCACCUGCGCGUUGUCACGCUGGAGGAAAGACCAUUUGUCAUUGUGGAGCUGGCAGACGCCGCAUCCGGGACCUGCAUCCGGGACUCAGUGCCCUGCAGACGACCUCUUAAUGCCAGUGCCAUCCAUGAAGGUGUGGCUCCCAUGAAGCAGUGCUGCAAGGGCUUCUGCAUUGAUAUCCUCAAGAGAUUGGCCAAGAUUGUCGGCUUCACCUAUGACCUUUACUUAGUGACCAAUGGGAAACAUGGGAAGAAAAUUGAUGGGGUUUGGAACGGCAUGAUUGGAGAGGUGGUAUACAAGCGGGCUGACAUGGCCAUUGGUUCGCUGACUAUCAAUGAGGAGAGGUCAGAGGUCGUGGAUUUCUCUGUCCCUUUUGUGGAGACGGGAAUCAGUGUCAUGGUCUCCCGUAGCAACGGAACUGUAUCACCCUCCGCUUUCUUAGAGCCCUACAGUCCAGCCGUGUGGGUGAUGAUGUUCGUCAUGUGCCUGACCGUAGUGGCUGUGACCGUCUUCAUCUUCGAGUUCUUCAGCCCUGUGGGCUACAACCGCAGUCUCCAGAACGGCAAGAAGGCUGGAGGGUCUACUUUCACCAUAGGGAAGUCUGUAUGGCUUUUGUGGGCUAUUGUCUUCAACAACUCCGUGCCAGUGGAGAACCCCAGAGGAACCACCAGCAAAAUCAUGGUGCUGAUCUGGGCCUUCUUUGCUGUCAUCUUUCUGGCCUCCUACACUGCUAACCUGGCUGCCUUCAUGAUCCAGGAGGAGUACAUUGACACAGUGUCAGGCCUCUCGGACAAGAAGUUUCAGCAUCCCGAGGAGCAGUACCCACCUCUGAAGUUUGGCACGGUGCCCAAUGGGAGCACAGAAAAAAACAUCCGCUCCAACUACCCAGGCAUGCACCAGUACAUGGGCAAAUACAACCAGAGAGGAGUGGAGGACGCUAUUCUGAACCUCAAGACCGGGAAACUGGAUGCUUUUAUUUAUGAUGCUGCAGUAUUGAACUAUAUGGCCAGGAAGGACGAAGGUUGUAAGGUGAUGACCAUAGGCUCGGGGAAGGUUUUUGCCACCACAGGCUACGGUAUCGCCCUGCACAAAAACUCACGAUGGAAACGUCCUCUUGACCUGGCCCUGCUGCAGCUGGUGGGAGAUGAUGAGAUUGAGAUGCUGGAGCGCCUCUGGCUGUCGGGUAUCUGCCAUAAUGACAAAAUUGAGGUGAUGAGCAGUAAACUGGAUAUUGACAACAUGGCCGGGGUCUUCUACAUGCUGCUGGUGGCCAUGGGCCUCAGCUUGCUGGUGUUUGCCUGGGAACACUUGGUGUACUGGAAGCUUCGCCACUGCAUGGCCACAAGUUCUGGCAAAUUGGACUUUCUCCUGGCAAUCAGCAGAGGCAUGUAUAGCUGCUGUAGCUUUGAGGAUGAAACGGCACCAGGUGGAGCUAAAUCUUUGCCCACUCAUCACCACACAGCAAUGGUAACAGUUCCGUCCCAGCCACAUGUUGUCUCAACAUCUAUGACCAAUCCAGUCAUUGCCAUGGCGCAACAGCAGCAGCCACCGCAACAGCAGCAACCACAGCCCGUCUACAAAACACCUCUGCCGGGCUCUCCUCCCACCGUGGUGCAUUCUGGGACAGCACUGGGUCCCUCCAACACCCCCAUUGCCGGUGCACCCCUCCCUUGCUCCACCUUCCUGCCCCGGCCAGACCGCAGACUGGCUGUGGUGGAUCGCUGGAGGCUGCCCAAAACUGCUACAGCCACCAACCCAAUGGCUGUAAGGGGGGCCAUCACUGACAUGGGACCCUUUGCUCAGAAAGUCCCACCAAACUGGGCUUCAACUGCUGGAGGGGGUGGGGGACUUGACGGCUAUAAGAGAUACUAUGGUCCCAUUGACCCUGAGGGACUGGGGCCCUGCAUGGAGCAGCAGGCAGGGUCCCAGACCCCCAAGACUAUGCCCAGGGGCCACCCCCAGCCUCCUCCAGCCAGUGUGGCCUUCUAUUCAGAGAAGGGCAUGGACCACGGGGUGGGGAAGAGGGUGGUGGGAGGUGGCAGCGGAGGUCAGGGGAAAGGGGCCGUUAAACCUCUGGGCACCCCAAGAUUGCAGCCUAAGAGUCAGGCCCCUCUGCCUCCUACACCCCCGCUGCCACACCCCUCUCCCCCUCUCCCCUCAUCCUUCUGGAGGAAGCGUAGGCCCAAGAAGCCCAAAGAGCCUGGAGGGCCACUGUAUGAGAACAUUCUUCCCCUGGGGCAGAGGGGAGGAGCACGAGAUGGAGUGAGGGAGGGAGGAGGGAGGAGGGCACGCCCCCUCUCUCCCCCGCUCUCACUUCCUGUGCCAGUACCCCUCAGCCCCUCUUACACCCCUCCUUCGCCCUCUGCAUCUUUGCACUAUACGUCCUCCUCCUCUUCGUCGACCACCUCAUCCUCAUCCACAUCCUCAUCUGCCUCAUCUUCGCGCUCCACCUCUCCCACCUACUCUUACAGCUCCUCGAGGAGCACACGGGACAGGACUGGUGGAAUAGAUGGAGAGGAUGACGAUGACGAUGAGGAGCUGACGGAAGAGUCAAGCCUCCUGCUCGGCAGGGGGAGGGAGAGGGAGCGCUCAAUCAUCCGGCCUCGUUCCUUCAGCCAUGGGCGCCUGCCGCCACCCAUACCCCCCAGGAAACCACGCACAUCCUGGGGUGACAGAGAACGGGAACGAGAGAGGGAGAGAGGGGGAAGCCAACUGUCUCAGCUCCAAGAGUGGAGAUACUGGUCUAUGGACAAGAUCCCAGUGAAGGGAGAGAAAAGGUGGAAGAGUGGCGGAGGGAAGAGCAAAGGACGAGCUAGAAACCGAGGGGAAGAAGCAGGACGGGCCACCAUGUGUUCCUGUAGCCUUUACCCCCAACCCCAUCCUUACCCACACCCCCACAGCCGCUCGCGCACCUCCCACUCCAAGAGAGGAGCCACGGCGCUUUCCCAUAGCCAGGAAGAGCUUAUCCCCCACUGCCACAGCUUCAGCGGUGGCUCUCGCCCCAAGCCUCUGCCCCCGAAACAAGAUCCCAGUCAGGCCAAAUCAGGCAGCCAAUCUAACCUCAGCCUCAGCACACAGCCCACAGACCAUCCGCCUCAGCCCUCUCCGUCGCCUCCCCAACCGUCCAUGUCUCCCACCUCCCUACCGAUGCCCAUCCCACCUCCGCCCUCCUCAUCCUCUGUCUCACCACCAGCAGGGGUGGGAAUGGUAGGCCAGGGCCAGGCACAGGCUUCGGCCAGUGCCAAACUCCAGUAUCAGAGACUGCGCUCGGUGCCACAGCCAAGGAGGUUCUACUCCCCACACCUGCCACUCAAAGCCAAGAGCCUGUGCUCUCGCCGAGGGUCGGCCCACUUCUCCAGCCUGGAGAGCGAGGUAUGA